CGCCGCGCUGGGGCGGUGGUGCGGCACGAAGGGGUGUGACCGCGGGCCCCCCGCGCGCGCCCGUCCCCACCCACGCACCCCGCGCCCGCCCGCGCAGCGUGACCGUCCGCCACCGCCGCAGCCCGGGCUCGGGAGGCGCAGAGCGCGGAGCGCGGUUUGCUGCUGGGCGUCCGCCUCCCGGUCCUCCCUCCACCUUCCCUGUCCCCUCCCUCGACCGCCGGAGAGCCGGGGAAACCGCGGCGCGGAGCCCGCAGCCGUACGGACGCGUGGACCGGCGCGGCGGCGACCUCAGUCCCGGGAGAGGUGCCCGCGGGCGCUGGCCGCGGCCGGCCGAGAGCUUGAGCUUGCGAGGCUGCACCGGGGUUCGGCGCCCGCCCCCUCCAGCUCGGGUCCCGCUCGCUGCAGCCGGGAAGUCUCCCCGCCCGGGGCACGCACCGCACAGCCAUGAACACCAACGAGGCCAAGGAAUAUCUGGCCCGGAGGGAAAUCCCUCAGCUCUUCGAGAGCCUUUUGAAUGGACUGAUGUGCUCUAAGCCAGAAGAUCCAGUAGAGUACUUGGAAAGUUGUUUACAGAAAGUAAAGGAAUUAGGUGGUUGUGACAAGGUGAAAUGGGACACAUUUGUCAGCCAGGAAAAGAAGAUCCUCCCACCUCUCAACGGAGGACAGUCACGGAGAUCCUUUCUCAGAAAUGUAAUGCCUGAAAACACAAACUUUCCCUACCGGCGAUAUGAUCGGCUCCCUCCAAUUCAUCAAUUCUCCAUAGAAAGUGACACAGACCUUUCUGAGACUGCAGAGUUAAUUGAAGAGUAUGAAGUUUUUGAUCCUUCUAGACCACGACCAAAAAUUAUUCUUGUCAUAGGUGGACCAGGAAGUGGAAAGGGUACUCAAAGUUUGAAAAUUGCAGAACGUUAUGGAUUCCAAUACAUUUCCGUGGGAGAAUUACUAAGAAAGAAGAUCCACAAUACCAGCAGCAAUAGGAAAUGGAGUCUUAUUGCUAAAAUAAUUACAACCGGAGAAUUGGCCCCCCAGGAAACAACAAUUACAGAGAUAAAACAGAAAUUGAUGCAAAUACCUGAUGAAGAGGGCAUUGUCAUUGAUGGAUUUCCGAGAGAUGUUGCCCAGGCUCUGUCUUUUGAGGACCAAAUCUGCACUCCUGACUUGGUGGUAUUCUUAGCAUGUGCCAAUCAAAGGCUCAAAGAACGAUUACUGAAGCGAGCAGAGCAACAGGGGCGGCCCGACGACAAUCUGAAAGCGACCCAGAGGAGACUGAUGAACUUCAAGCAGAAUGCUGCUCCCUUGGUUAAAUACUUCCAGGAAAAGGGACUCAUCAUGACAUUUGAUGCUGACCGUGAUGAGGAUGAAGUGUUCUAUGACAUCAGUGUGGCAGUUGACAGCAAGUUAUUUCCAAACAAAGAGGCUGCUGCAGGUUCAAGUGACCUUGACCCUUCAAUGUUAUUGGACGCUGGAGAAAUCAUUGACAUGGGGUCUGAUUAUGAAGAUCAGGGUGAUGACCAGCUAAAUGUAUUUGGAGAAGACACCAUGGAAGGUUUCACAGAAGAUUUGAGGAAGUGUAAAAUUAUUUUCAUGAUUGGCGGCCCUGGUUCUGGCAAAGGCACCCAGUGUGAAAAGCUGGUGGAGAAAUACGGAUUUACGCAUCUCUCCACGGGCGAGCUCCUGCGGAAUGAGCUGUCAUCCGAAUCUGAAAGAAGCAAAGCCAUCAGAGACAUCAUGGAACGCGGAGACCUGGUGCCCUCAGGCAUCAUUCUGGAGCUCCUGAAAGAGGCCAUGGCAGCCAGCCUCAGCAGCACCAAGGGCUUCCUCAUCCACGGCUAUCCUCGGGAAGUGAGGCAGGGGGAAGAGUUCGGGCACAGGAUUGGAGACCCGCACUUGGUGAUCUGUCUGGACUGCUCAGCCGACACCAUGACCAGCCGCCUUCUCCAGAGGAGCCAGAGUGACCCGGGUACCCCUGCCACCCCCGCCACCAUCGCCAAGCGCCUUGAGACCUACUACCGAGCGUCCAUCCCUGUCAUCGCCUACUAUGAGACAAAAACACAGCUCCACAAGGUAAAUGCAGAAGGAACACCAGAAGAAGUCUUUCUUCAACUCUGCAAAGCUAUUGACUCUAUUUUCUGAAGGCAAUACUGCAUGUAAAGAAGACUGGAGACAGAAAAAAUACAUACUGAGGCUUGUCCCUUAACAGUGUUAAACCUUAACCCUUUUGUGUCAGCCCCACCCACCCCUAUCCUGAAGUUAUUUACUCCCAGCUUGAACUAUUUGAGGGGUGUCUGGAACCACGCAUGGUAUCAUUGGUACUUUCCAGCCUUUUCUUCAUGAUUCAAAGUGCUGUCUGCACUCACAGUACACACUCUUCCAUUGUAGAGGCUGCACUCAUAGCUAAGUUAGUAUGUAAGCAGCUAUGCAAUGUGCCAGUCAAUGUCAGUUUUGCCCUCAGGGUUUGCUAGAGCUUGAACAUUUGGUUUUCGGCUUAUCAAAUAGGGAGUGGGCUUAACUCCCCCAUCACAGCUUCCUUGCUCCCCAAGACAUGCUAUUGCCUGACAGAGGACUUGAGUAGUGGGAGACGGGCAUGUUCCUCUGGUAGCUCUACCUCUGUAACCAGAGAAAUUGAGCUGAUAAUGUUGUUUUAAGAAACUUAAGAUCUGAAAAGAAACAUUUAAUAUGAAAUUAUAUAUUCCGCGAGAGCAAAACCCAGACCAACUCACCAAUAACAUCACUUUUGAGACUGGCUUCUCAGAAAACUAUUCUAACAGCUAAGAGAAUAAUGGGAGUUGUCUACUGUAGUUUUUUUCCUAGGCAUGGUUGGUGCUGCCAGUUCAGCAAUUAUAAAUUAAUACCAAAUGUUAAAUAAAAUCCUAAGAUUUGUUAUUGCACUCACUUUUCAAAUACCAACUUUAAGUGUCCACUUCAAAUGAUGAUUAUUCUUGUUACCAAACAUAUAAGGAAUAUGAAACAGUAGCAAAACUGACGUGGGUGUGGAGGGGCAUGUCAGUAGGCGAUGUUUAAGAUUCCAACUUUGCUUUUUGUAUCUCCUUGCAUCAGACCAGUGAGGUUGGGUUCUCAUUUGUGUUAUCAGUUGCCAAAUCUUACAUAUUCUACAGGAAUUACUGCAUCUUUCAUUCAGUCACUACAAAAAUCAGUUUUCAGCCUGCAUGAUUCUUCUGUUUCUUCAGUGGUUGUGCAGAGGAGCCAUUUCUGGGACAGAACUGUAUUUUUUAAGCCAUUCCCCCCACCCCUUGAAAUGGAUAUAUACAAAUAAAAUAAAUGGAACACAGAA